AUGCCUGGAUCCCUGGAACUCAGCACCAAGGCCAAGAUGCCCAUCAUGGGCCUGGGCACCUGGAGGUCUGCCCCAGGCAAAGUCAAAGAGGCUGUGAAGGUGGCCAUUGAUGCAGGGUACCACAACAUCCACUGUGCCUAUCUAUAUGAGAACCAGAAUGAGGUGGGGGAAGCCAUCCAAGAGAAGAUCCAAGAGAAGGCUGUAAAGAGGGAGGACCUCUUCAUUGUUAGCAAGUUAUGGCCCACCUUCUUCGAGAGACCUCUAGUGAAGCAAGCCUGUCAGAAGACCCUCAAGGAUCUGAAACUGGACUAUCUGGACAUCUAUCUUAUUCACUGGCCACAGGGAUUACAGCGUGGUGAGAACUUUUACCCCAAAGAUGAUAAAGGCAAGAUCCUUACCAAUAAAACAACAUUUUUGGAUGCCUGGGAGGACAUGGAGGAGCUGGUGGACGAGGGGCUGGUGAAAGCCAUUGGGAUCUCCAACUUCAACCACUUCCAGAUUGAAAGGCUCUUGAACAAACCGGGAUUGAAAUACAAACCAGUGACUAACCAGGUUGAGGUUCACCCAUACCUCACACAGGAGAAAUUGAUCCAGUACUGCCACUCCAAAGGCAUCACUGUCACGGCGUACGGCCCUCUGGGCUCUCCAGAUAGACCUUGGGCCAAGCCAGAUGACCCUUCCCUACUGGAGGAUCCCAAGAUUAAGGAGAUUGCUGCAAAGCACAAAAAAUCUACAGCCCAGGUUCUGAUCCGAUUCCAUAUUCAGAGGAAUGUGGCUGUGAUCCCCAAGUCUGUGACACCAGCACGCAUCGUGGAGAACUUUCAGGUCUUUGACUUUAAAUUGAGUGAUAAGGAGAUGGCGACCAUACUCAGCUUCAACAGAAACUGGAGGUUCUUCCACAUGGGACAGUUGGCUGAUUUGGAUGAAUAUCCCUUCAAUGCAGAAUACUGA